AAACGCAUUUAGGACGUUCUCUUCCUGCAUCGGGGCGUGUAUCCCAGGUCAUUUGCAUACAGCAUACUAUUUAAUGGCUGGAGGCGACAGGAAACUUCACUCUGCAGCCUGGUCUUCGAGUGAUUCUUUCGUGUCUGAGUGGUCCUCGUCUGAACUCGUGAAAACAUGGGCGACAAACCAGACCUCAGUGGGGUGGAGAAGUUCGACAAGUCGACCCUGAAGAAGACCGAAACAAAAGAGAAGAACACACUCCCAACCAGUGAAACAAUCCAGCAGGAAAAGGAACAAGGCGGUUCUGACUAAACAUUCCACCAUGUUCCAUCGAGCUGCAGUACGUCCAUCACCUGCUGUACACCUCCUGCCCUCAUCUGCUCUACAGAAAUGGAAGUCUGGCUUGGACUUGUUUUGUGGUGCAGGAUUAUUGCCUCAAACACUUCGAGGACCUACGCUCAAUGAGAUGUAGCACACUGGGCACAAAGUUAUUUUUGCAAGCGUUUGUGGGAAUGCACAUGUUGUAUAUGCAAAUAAAUAUGUAGAAGUAAACCA